CACAGGCUGCGAAUCGAAGGCCCAAUUUAGCAGCGUUUCUGGACCCGGCGCUCACCAUCCGCAUAAUGCGCCAACAGAAUUCCUCAGCCGCCGUCCUCCGCUGCCGCGAAGCACCGCCGGAUCCAACUAUCCCCGCCGCCGCACCCGCAGCAGUCCGCGCCACUCCCGCCGUGCUCAGAUCCAUCUCUGCAACCGACCUAGACUCAGCCUGCUCAGCUCUGACCAAGUCGAAGAGCCACCGCGGCGGCGGCGGCGGAUGCAAGUCCGGCCCGAGAGCGAGUUCGGAUUCCCUGUCGGUCGGCAGCGGCGGAGGUAGGAGAAGGUCGUUUUGCAGCUCUGUGAGGGCGGAUCAGCUGCUGGAAGAUGUGUUCAAUUGCAGCGGCGUGAAGGUUGUAGCGGUGGAUAUGGCUCCGUUUAUGCAGAUCCACGCCGUGAAUUUCACGAGGAAGGUCCAUGAUAGCUUGGAGAAGUUCAGUCCCAAGGCCCUCGCUCUCACCCUCAAGAAGGAAUUUGAUGGAGUAUAUGGAGCAGCUUGGCAUUGUAUAGUGGGGAACAGUUUUGGGUCUUUUGUGACACAUUCUACAGGUGGGUUCAUAUAUUUCUCAAUGGACCAGAAGCUACAUGUACUCUUGUUCAAGACCUCUAUAAAGAAGGCUUGUUGAGACUCUCUCUUUGGUAAAGACUGAAUCUCAUUACUAAAGUCUCCCAAGAUCAAUCGAAUCGGAUACGAGAUAAAUUGAGCUAUAAUACUACUCUCUGACAUAUAAGGUGCCACAUCUUUCGCUUGUACGUGCAAGUGCUCAUUAAAAGGAUGGACAAAAGUAUUUCAUUAUUGCGUCAAUUGCGUUAUCAAAGCUAUUCGAACAUGAUAAAUUUCCUUAUUGCUC